AUGGCUACCGAAAUAUCUACUAACUCGAUGUCGCAAGCUUGUAUGGACUCAGGGGGUUGUUCCAAGGAUACACCUGAGGAUAAGGAGGAAGCCAAUGCAACAGAUGAACCGCCGAAAGAAAUACGAACAAGUAUUAAAUUCGAGGAGCCAAUAAAGGAGAUUGAAAUUACUACUGCUGUUCCAGAAUCCCCUACAAAAGAAAGCGAUAAUGCAGUAAGUAGUCCAACGAAAGAACUUUUAUUGCCAGAACGUUUGGAGCGACGAAAGGAAAUAAAACGAAGGAAAAGACCGAAGACCAUUGCAAGUUCCCAACCUAGCAGAGAUAUUAGAAGAAAUGAGAGCCUCAAUGAAAAUGGAGCUAUUUCAAAGACAAGGGGUAAGGAGUUGACAAGGCAAGGUGUUUCAUUUGAUGCAGAGCCCCAACGUCGUCGUGAUUCUGAUGCUUUGGAUGACAAGAGAACCAAUGCAAUUUCUUCGAGGACGGAUGUUCCCAUGGUAAUUAGUAAAAAAUUAACCCCUAAUGAAGCAGAAAUCAAAGCGAAAUCAGAAGACUUGGGAACAGACGUCAUUAAGAGGCCCAGGCACAGACAUCUAAGCAGACAACAAAGCAGAGACGAUCAAAGUAUUGUGUUAAUCUCCGAACAGGUGAAGGAGAGGAGUGACGCUGUAGAGACAAUUCCUGAAGAUAUUUCAAGGCAUAACAAAUCCUUGGUAAUUAUCAAAAAUGGUACAUAUCAAAUUGUUGAUCCCGCUGUCGACAAAUACUAUUCCCUUAAACCAGAUUCGGGUCUCAGUGAAAAUCAGUUACCUACCGAAAUCUGCCCCAAGGGAAUGGAACACAUCCAAAACAUUUUGGAGGAAUUAAUUAAAACCGAAGAAUCGUACGUGGAUAGUCUGUGGCAGGGUUUAAAUAACUAUGGCAAAAUAUUUGAACAACGUGAUUUAGUCAAAGGUUUGAAGGGUAAAAAAUAUGUGCUGCUUGGAAAUAUUGAACAAAUUGCCGAAUUUCACAGAGAUGAAUUUCUGCCAAUGCUGUUGAGAAAUCGUAAUAAUUUAAAGCAGCUGUUUGAUGAAUUUCAACGUUAUAUUGAGGAAGACUAUUUUUAUGCUUAUGUCCUGUAUGCCAUGAACAACCAAAGGUCUCUGGAACUAUGCAAUGACUAUAAGAAGUUUUUCAAGAUAGUACAAGCGAAAUGUUCGGAUAAUUUGGGUAUCAAUAGCUUCCUGCUACAGCCAAUACAACGUGUACCCAGAUAUUCGUUGUUGCUAAAGGAGUUCAUAAAGAAACUUUUCGACAAUUAUCCCAUGAAACCCAUACUAGAUUCAUGUUGCCGUUUGGAUAGGAAAUUACAAAUCCUAUUGAAUGCCAUUAACAAAUCGGAAGUUAUCAAUGAUGUCGAUUGUAUCAGUGAGACGCAUGAGUUCAAUAUUUUCUAUCAGGGUAAAUUUCGCGAUGUUGCCGAAUUCAGCUGUCAUGAUUACACCCUGAAAAGGAAUUACCGCUCGAAGCUAUUUAUUUAUGAGAAAUGUAUUAUUUAUACGGAGGUUAAGCGAAAACAGUUGGUAUUUCGUGGUCGUUAUCCUCGUGAACAUUUAGGCAUGACGAUACAGAAUAAAUCCUUUAGUUUGUACUAUGACCGCCUGAGGCAGCAGGAAUGUGAAUUUGCUGGAGAGCCGGCAUUGGUAAGACAAUGGCAGGAUUUAAUUCGUGCCAUCAUUAAUGCCUAUGCUGUAGAGGAACGGGCCCGUUUGAAAGAGUUACACAAUCCCGAUGUGGUACACCGUGAACGACGACGUCCACUUAAUUUAUCAUUAUUCCGUGAUUCAAAUCGCUUUAGUGUGGAUAGUGGUAUUAGUAAUAAUUAG